AUGGACAGUUGCAUUACUGGAAGGCAUCAGUACCACUUCGUGUUGGUGGCGGCUCAAGCUCCUGGAGAACAGUUUGUGAGUGGCCACGACAACGAUGACUUCACUGUGUGCUUCUUGAAGCGCCACUUGAACAGGUUGGAAAAGAAACUGGCCCAUGAUGAGUUACAUAGUCUUCAUCCUUCCAGUAUGAAGUACGGCCCUUGGAAAGGGAGAGCUAGUCGUUUGCUCGAAGACAAAAAAAUGGAAAUCAAAAGCAACUCCUUUCAGCUUGGUAUUUCCUUGCGCUUUGCCCUGGAAGAACUUGAGCCACUCUACAGGGAGAAAGCCGAAGAGGCCGAAUGGCGUCUUGACGAAUGGGGUCCAGCGACAAAGUCUCAAUUCUUGGUUCGCAAUCGUGGUUUGAACGUGGACCCUAUGGUUGCUUGGGGUGGCUUGGCUGUUUGCAGCCCCGCUGAAAAUCCCAAUUUUCACAUGCUGGCUGGCUUGCUGGCCUAUGGUCCGCAUGCUUUGGGCAAGGGCCAAAUCUGUCCUCGUGAUGGACGCGAAGAUUGCAGCGUGGUCGAUGCAUUGUUGAAGCAAGACGAGAGUGCAAGAGCAAACUGGUUCUUUUCUUGGGUUUGGGGCUAUAGACUUCACACUGUGGUAAGGGCGCUAGACUUAUGGUUGAGGAGGUUCGGUGCAAAGACCUGGUGUAAUGACCGCCAUGCUUAUUUGUGGUGGUGUGUUUUCGUGAACAACCAGUUCAGAAUGUUGCAAGAUGGAGAGAUAGAAGAACCGGGGCGUGAUUUCGGCAGACUACUAGAGGGCAUUGGAAGAAUGAUCAUGUGCCUGGACACGAUCCAUGAGAGUAAUUAUACCUGCUGCAUUUGGACCCUUUUUGAGGUUUACGUUGCAAUUCAGCAGGACAUUAAGAUCACCCUAGCCAUUCCUCCUGAUGCGCUUAGUCAGGCAGGUUCUUUGCAAGAGAUAUUUGAUUUGUGCAGAGUGGACACUGAAAAAGCAACUUCCAAUUUCCAAGCAGAUGCAGAUGCUAUCAAGGACAGGAUCCUAUUCGACGUUGGCACGUUCCAAUAUUUGAAUGAAACAGUGGAAAAGCUUCUUGUGUCCGAGAUUCUUCAACUGCUGAAAUUUCACAACAAAGCUUCGGAGUUUGCUGUUGAAGUCGACCAGGAAGAUUCCAGCUCCAGGUAUUUCGGUGUGUCUUUGGAUUUUGUGCUAUCCGAGUUCAAAUGUUUGUACAGGAAGAAGGCUCCUGAGGCUGAAUGGCGCCUUCAUGACAAUUGCGAAGUGACAGCGUCGGGUUUCAUUGUCAAAGUUCGAGAUUGUUGUGAUGUAGAGAGCGGUGUGGUCGCCUGGGGUGCCUUGGAUGUUUGCAGCCCGCCGGAAAAUCCCAACUUUUACCAGCUGGCCGGCUUGCUGGCCUAUGGUCCACAUGCUUUGGGCAAAGGCCAAAUCUGUCCUCGUGAUGGACGACCAGAUUGCAGCCUUGUGGAUGCGCUCCUCAAGCAGAACAAGAGCGGCCAAGCAAAUUGGUUCCUCUCCUGGGCAUGGAGCUACUCGCUGGAUGUGGUUUGCAAUGCGCUGGCCAGAUGGUGGGACUCACAUGCUGCAGUGGUUGCAUCUGAGGCAUGUCCAACCGGCUCAGUCUAUUUGUGGUGGUGCUUCUUUGUCAACAACCAAUUCCGCAUGCUGGAAGACGGCAUCACGCAGGACACAGAUUCACUGCUGAAGGUUUUUGCAAAGCCUCUGCAAAGGGCUGGAAAGGUAUUGAUGUGCAUGGACAAUUUUCAGAAUUGCACUUACACAAAGCGAAUUUGGUGCAUUUAUGAGAUUUUUUCUGCAGUUCGUCGCAACAUUCCAGUGACCUUGAUCAUACCUCAGCUCGAAUUGGAGCAGGAAAUGGAGACACUGACAGAGAUGGUCCAUGCUUGUCGUGUGGAUGCCUCACAAGCCACGGCUUCAGUGAAAGCAGAUGAAGAGAAAAUCAAAACCAAAAUUCUGCAAGAAUUGAAAAGCUUCGAACAUGUGAACGAAACUGUGGAGAAAGCUCUUUGGCACCCGCAGAUGUCUGCUAGCGAUGUCUGCGCUACCGCGGCAGCUUCCAGCAGUAUCCGCACUGCUUCCAAGCGGCACCGUUCCCGCCCACAGCCCAACGACGAUGCCGUCCACGCGCUGCAGAAACGGGCUGCACUGCCGCCCACUGCCGUUCCCGGAAGCGCCAAGACAGGCUGCACUGCCGAAAUCACUAAUUUCCUGGGAGAACUUGGGAGAACCUGGGAGAACCUGCAAGUUGGGAUUGACCUGGGCAGACUUAGGUCCGGCAGUGCCCACUGGGAUCUGGAGCUCGCGGUGGAGGAGGAGGCGGCGGGUGAGGAGGCAAUGGAGGCGGAGGAGGAGGAGGAACAGUGCAAGCAGUACUUCACGCAGUUCAUCGCCUUGGGUCAAGCUGUUAACGUCACGCUGAUGCCAGCAACAUCGACCCAGAGGCCUUCCUGUGAUUUUGCCAUGCCACCUGUGGUGCUGGAGGGACGGGCUUAUGAUGAGUUACAUACUCUUCAUUCCCCUUCCAGUUUGAAAUAUGGCCCAUGGCAAGGGAGCGCUGGUCGCUUGCUUAAAGAUCAAAAAGAGCUGACCAAAAGCAGUUCGUGGCAGCUUGGUAUUUCGUUGGACUUUGUCUUGAGAGAUUUUGAGCCUCUAUACAGGGAGAAAGCCAACAUCUCUGAAUGGCGCCUGCACGACAGUGAAGAAGUGACAGAGGCCCGUUUCAUCAUCAAACUUCAGGGUGGUUUGGAGAAAGUUGAGAGAGUUCUGGAUGGUGGGGCAAGGGCCUUGGUUGCCUGGGACGACCUGGAAGUUUGCAGAUCCCCUGAGAAUCCCAAGUUUCACCAAUUGGCUGGCUUGCUGGCCUAUGGCCCACUUGCGAUUGGCAAGGGCCAAAUCUGUCUUCGUGAUGGGCUAGAAGAUUGCAGCAUCGUCGACGCAUUGUUCAAGCACACCCUGAGUGCUAAAGCGAACUGGUUCUUUUCUUGGUGUUGGGCCUAUGAUCUAAACACCGUCCUAUCAGCUCUAGAAGAAUGGUGGCGGAGGUUGAAUGCAAAGCCAGGUGGAAGUGACCAGGAUGUCUAUUUGUGGUGGUGUUUUUUCGUGAACAACCCAUUCAGACCAGGGUCUUCAAGGUCCGUGGAAGAGAUUUUUGCUUGUUUUGGCAAUCAAAUAAUGGGGAUUGGAAAAAUGAUUUUGUGCUUGGACAAGCUACAUGAGAGCGAGUACACUGGCCGCAUUUGGACCCUUUGUGACGUUUACGUUGCAGUUCAGAGGGAUAUUAAGAUCACUCUGGCCAUUCCCCCACAUGCACUUUACAUUGAUGACAUUUGUCGGCAGGUAACAUCUUUGCAAGACAUAUUUGAUUUUUGCAAGGUGAACAGUGCAAAAGCCAUUUCCACCAUCCCAACAGAUGCGGAGUAUAUCAAGGAGAAGAUCCUACAACAAGUUGGCACAUUCCAUCAUUUAGAUGAAACAGUCGAGCAGCUUCUUGUGACUGAGAUUCUUCAAUUGCUGAAGUCUCACAACAAGGCUUCGGAGUUUGCUAUCGAAAUCGACCAGGAGGAUUCCCGGUAUUUCGGCGUGUCUUUGGAUUUUGUGCUAUCCGAAUUCAAGUGUGUGUACAGGAGCAAGGCUCCCGAGGCUAAAUGGCGCCUUCACGACAGCUGCGAAGUGACAGAGCCGGGUUUCAUUGUCAAAGUUCGAGAUUGUUGUGAUGUGGAGAGCGGUGUGGUCGCUUGGGAUGACUUGGAUGUUUGCAGUCCGCCUGAAAAUCCCAACUUUUACCAACUGGCUGGCUUGCUGGCCUAUGGUCCACAUGCCUUGGGCAAGGGCCAAAUUUGUCCUCGUGAUGGACGGCCAGAUUGCAGCCUUGUGGAUGCACUCCACAAGGAGAACAAGAGCGGCCAAGCGAACUGGUUCCUCUCCUGGGCAUGGAGCUACUCGCUGGAUGUGGUUUGCAAUGCGCUGGCCAGAUGGUGGGACUCGCAUGCUGCUGUGGUUGCUUCUGAGGCAUGUCCAACCGGCUCAAUCUAUUUGUGGUGGUGCUUCUUUGUCAACAACCAAUUCCGCAUGCUGGAAGACGGCAUCACGCAGGACACAGAUUCACUGCUGAAAGUUUUUGCAGAGCCUUUGCAAAGGGCUGGAAAGGUGUUGAUGUGCAUGGACAAUUUUCAAAAUUGCACUUACACAAGCCGAAUUUGGUGCAUCUAUGAGAUUUUUUCUGCAGUUCGUCGCAACAUUCCAGUGACCUUGAUCAUGCCUCAGCUCGAUUUGGAGCAGGAAAUGGAAACACUGACAGAGAUGGUCCAUGCUUGUCGUGUGGACGCCUCGCAAGCCACAGCUUCAGUGGAAGCAGAUGGAGAGAAGAUCAAAGCCACAAUUCUGCAAGAAUUGAAAAGCUUCGAACAUGUGAACGAAACUGUGGAGAAAGCUCUUUGGUGUGCUUCUGACAGCUAUGUGAACAAUGACAGCGUGGCCACCUGUAUCUUGAAUUCGAACGCAGCCGGCUAUGACUAUGACAACUCGAACAUCAACAACGACUCUGUUUGUCCCUACUAUUCUGAGUCGACAGAGUAUCCGACUGUGACCACUCCUGAACAGUGCAAGCAGUACUUCACGCAGUUCAUCGCCUUGGGUCAAGCUGUUAACGUCACGCUGUAUGGGGAGAACUACGUGACAGGCAUCGGACAUGGCGUUAUCAAUGGAGUGAGGGGAAACUGUUGGAUCAUGAGCUACGAGGGCCGGAAGGCGGUGAUUUUUCAAGUGGACAUCCGUUCUUGGUCGUUGGAAAUCACCUAUGACACGUUGAUGUAUCUCACGAACAAUCAAAAUCCUGGAGGAAACUGUUUUGUUCCCGAUGUCAAAAUCAUCAACUGCACCGAUAUUCCGGGCGUGGGGUAG